GGAUGCGGUCAGGGAUUCGUCAGAACCAACCCCCGUACGGAAGGAAGCUACGAUCUGCGACGCCACACCAUCGCGCUCGGAACUCUCUACAGUCUUCUUCGUAACUACUGCCAGGCGAAAGAGAGAACUUAGCGAGCAUCGUCCAUGUGGACCGUGUCUGCCUGACUGAAACGCGCGUAUUAUACACAGCCGAUUACCCCAGAGAGACACCCCAAAGGUCCUGAUAGUACAAAAGAAGAAGUGUAAACACACGCGUGGAACGUUGUCCUGCCUGCCACAGCACCGCCGCCAAAGCAAUCGUCCGACCAGGCCUGGAACACAGUAUUUUUGAAGCCAAACACACACCCCUCUCACGAUGUCUGCGUCGCCGAUCGCUCGCCAGGCUUGCGCCUCCAUCACCCAGGUCAUCCCCUCGAAGCGGGUGCUCAUCCAUGACUCCUCGGAACUGCCCGAUCUGUAUUCGUCGACACCCGGUGGAACCCUGUACUCGACCACUCCCGGAGGCACUCGUAUUGUGUAUGAACGUGCGUUCCUGAUGAACUUGAAGAACUCGCCACUGGCCCGUACCCCGCCGAACAACGUGCCACUGAAUCUGCUGCGGGGCAGCCCCACCGGUGGCAGCGUGACCAAACCACUGUCAUUGAAACCGAUUCAGCAGAAACCGGCACGCAAUUCGCCGCCGAAAUACGAGGACCACCAGGAACAGUUCGACAUGGACCUGUAAACACGUGCAUGCCCGGUUGUGUUCGAUUUCCGAAAGCGACACAACAUACCGGUGGCGCAUCCGGCUUCCCGGUUUCGAGAGAUAGAGAGGAAUGAAGAUGCGCCCGGUUAACUUUUUUAAAGAGCGCGGCGGCGAUACACAAACCGAUCGUUUCUUAGUUUAGCGUUAUCUCUGUCUGAAAUAUUUUGUAAGCAGCAGCUAGUAUGGAGAAUUUGCGGCAUUGCUAACAAAGCACCCAGAGAGAGAGUUUAGGUUUCGAUAAUCGUUGGAUGUAGACUUUAUAAGUUUAUCGUUCCUUCGGUAGUAAGAUUAGCAUCUUUCAUUAGGCACUAGCGUUAUGUUGGUCCGCAUCGCCAGAACGGCCACUGGUUAGACGAUCAUUCGGAACUCCCCAAAUGCCCCGAACCACAAGCCAGAACCAAAAGUGCGUUUCGUCAUUGGGGGGUGUGCUGGAAUUGGGAGCACCGGCGGGAGGUUUGAAUGUUGAUCAGUAACCCACUGGUGAUUUGUGAUAUCCAUGAAUGAAUUUCAUCGGCCUUCAUCGAUAUCAUCGUGGUGGGGUGAAGGAAUCUUUCAUGUUUGUAUUUUGUAAGUCAAUCAUUUCGCUGUAUUCAAGAGUAAGGAAGAGGGAACGUAAAUUGUUUUUUGUUGUCAGUUUUUGUAAGGUCGGAGCCACAAACGUUCAGAACCUUUUAGAGAAAGCGGAGAGAACUUGUCGGAAAAUUUGGAGUCAGCUAUUUGCAUGUGAGCUAACCGCUUACCUAGCCUUGCAGAUCACCAAUUAAUCGUAAAGUGUAAUGUGCAUAGUAGUGCUGCAGCGCGUGCAUUGUCGUCGUCAAGUAUUUUUGACUACUUCUCACUGUUGUUUGCAUGUUUUUUCUUUUAUUCGUGCAUUCAUGCCGAACAAUUUGGAUGUGACCUAAGCGAGAGACACACGACAUUGUAGGGUUUAAUUCCGUAGCAAUAAUACACCUGAUGAGAUCACUGAAUAGGGUACAAAGUAAAUGAUGGAUGGUUAGGACA